CUGAUGCAAGCUAAGCCUCAGUACACAAACAAGCUAGCUUCCAUUUUCUUUGCAGAAACAAGCUUAUUGAAAUGGAGAGGGUGAAUCAUUUGGCAUCAAAGAAGGCUGCUGUGAUAUUCACCAAGAGCUCAUGUUACAUGUGCCACAGCAUCAAACAACUCUUUUAUGAACUUGGUGCAAGCCCUGAAAUUCAUGAGCUUGACCAAGAAGCCAACGGGAGGGAAAUGGAGAGUGCUCUACGGGGGCUACGUAAUCCCUCAGUCCCAGCUGUGUUCAUAGGAGGGAAGUAUGUGGGCUCAGCAAAAGAUAUCAUCUCCCUCCAUGUUGACGGGUCUCUCAAACAAAUGCUGAUAGAUGCCAAGGCCAUCUGGUUCUAAUACUAUAUAUGUUACUUAAUGCUGUGGAAAUAUUAUGAAGGCUAGCUCUAAUACCAUGCUGAACACAUGCAAUGGUGCAUUAAGAGCUUCUUUUUUCUUUUUUCUUUUUAAGUUUACUGUCUAACUGUAUGGCCGGAAGAAGUUACACUGUAUAGAAGAAGUAGCUUUCAGAGUUUUGUUCUUCAAAACUCUGACAGUCGUUUUCAAUUUUGUGGAUGAAAAAAAAAACAAGUUUACUUGUGGAUCUA